AUGUGUUAUGGUAUGCCUGUGCCAUCCAAAACAUUGUCAGUGUUACAUGUUCAGCUUUUAUGUAACAACAUCAUUAUAAGAUAUUUCUUUCAACAUGAAAAUUAUCUCCCCACACUUGUUUUUCACAUUUUAAGUUCUGUCAAUAGCCAAGUACAGAGAACAGCAGACAAUGUUGGUGUGGCCUCAGACGUUCAAAAGAGAUGUGUCAAAAGAAAAUCUGUUGGUAUGUUCAAAAACCAUGGUGAAGGCAUAUACACAAACCUGUUCUACAAACUGAGUCAAGUGGAAAAGUCAGACAAGAAAACAGAGUGGUACAAACAGUUCCUGCCAAGCAGUCAAAUUCACAUUCUAACAGAGAAACAUCUCAAUCACGCAAGUAUCAGUACUAAAAACAGGGGUCUAAUUUCAGAAUGGGUUUUUUUUUUGCAGUAUAAAUUUUACAAUGGUGUAACAAGUGGAGAGAGAAAACUUGAAAAGGAAAAAGAAAAUAAUUUUCCACAUGGCAGGGAUGUUCAAAGAUGUUUAUUUGGAAAACAGGACUCUCACUCUCACAUUUCUGGCACAGAUAUACAAGCCUUUCCUUCUGCACAAAGCAGUUCCUCAUUUGAUAUUCUAGACUUUCUUGAUGGUAUUGAUCAGGCAUCGAAUCUUGAGGACACACAAGUCCAUAAAGGUUAUUUGACCCCCAACCCACGGCUCGUUUCACCACCAAAGAAACCAACACUGGAAUCCCCAACUCCUGAAAAACGAUUUUAUCCACAUAAGCUGUACUAACAAGAGAGACAUAAGGAAGGCAGUGUUCUGGCUUGUAUUUCACACUCUUGCCAGAGGAAAGAAUAACUGCAUGUAACAGUGAAAAACUAAAGAAGAAGAACAAUGUCACAUUCCCCUUACAGCUGUUUCUAACUUACUGUAAGGGAGAGUCAUAAAAUUACCUAGAAGACUAUAUUGGAAAAUUGUGUAGAAGUUGAAUUUGUUAUCCAUCAUUGCCAGGGCAUUUCAAGUAUAUUUGCAUUAUUUCAUUUUUGUUGAAAUAAUGCUAUUGGCACUUUUCAUGUUAAUUACAACAGUGUUCUUACA